AUGCUGCUCAGCAUCCUCACAGUUCUAAACAAUGGGAAGGGUGAUGGGACCAGUGACCCAUACGUCAAGUUUAAGAUUGCAGGAAAGGAGGUGUUCAGGAGUAAGACCAUCCAUAAGAACCUCAACCCAGUGUGGGAUGAGAGAGUAAGCCUUUUGGUGGAAACCCUGAAGGACCCACUAUAUGUCAAGGUUUUUGACUAUGACUUUGGACUUCAGGAUGAUUUCAUGGGCUCAGCAUACCUCCACCUGGAGUCGCUGGAACAUCAGAGGACACUGGAUUUGACUCUGGACCUGAAAGACCCACAGUACCCUGAACACAACCUGGGCAGCCUGGAACUAGCUGUCACUCUGUCACCGAAGGAGGGAGACAUGAAGGAUGCUACCAUGCUUUUGAGAAGGAACUGGAAACGAUCUAGUAAGUAUCAGAGUAUGCGUCUGUCAGAUGUGCAUAGAAAAGCCCAGCUGUGGCGAGGAAUAGUCAGCAUCAGUCUGAUUGAAGGUCGCAGCCUCCAGCCUAUGGACGCCAACGGCCUCAGCGACCCGUAUGUCAAAUUCAGGAUGGGGCACCAGAAGUACAAGAGCAAGACAAUUCCCAAAACGCUGAACCCCCAGUGGAGAGAGCAGUUUGACUUCCACCUCUAUGACGAACAGGGAGGCUAUGUGGACAUUACUGUUUGGGACAAAGAUGCUGGCAAGAAGGAUGACUUCAUGGGGAGGUGUACUAUUGACCUGUCGCAUCUCAGCAAAGAACACACACACAAACUGGACCUGCCACUGGAGGAAGGGGAAGGUGUGCUGGUGCUGCUGGUUACACUUACUGCUUCUGCUGCCGUUUCCAUCUCAGACCUGUCAGUCAACAUGCUGGACGACCCGCAAGAGAGACACCAGAUCAAGCAGAGAUAUAGCCUGUGGAGGUCAUUCCACAACCUGAAAGAUGUCGGUGUGGUGCAGGUAAAGGUCAUCAGGGCUGAGGGACUGAUGGCAGCAGAUGUCACAGGUAAGAGUGACCCAUUCUGUGUGGUGGAGCUGAGUAACGAUCGGCUGCAGACGCACACUGUCUACAAAAACCUCAACCCAGAAUGGAACAAGGUCUUCACUUUUAAUGUGAAGGACAUCCACUCAGUGCUUGAGGUCACUGUUUACGACGAGGACCGAGACAGAAGUGCCGACUUCCUGGGAAAAGUGGCUAUUCCUUUACUAAAUAUCCAAAAUGGAGAACGCAAAGCCUACGCCUUGAAAAGCAAGGAGCUGACAGGGCCAACAAAAGGGGUCAUCUUUCUCGAAAUAGACGUGAUUUUUAAUGCUGUGAAAGCUGGUCUGAGGACGCUGAUUCCCAUUGAGCAGAAGUAUAUCGAGGAGGAGCCCAGAGUGUCCAAACAGCUGCUGUUGCGCAACUUUAACAGAGUCAGACGCUGCAUCAUGUUCCUGAUCAACACAGGCUGCUACAUCAACAGCUGCUUCGAAUGGGACUCUCCACAGAGGAGCAUCUGUGCUUUUAUACUGUUUGUCAUCGUUGUUUGGAACUUUGAACUCUAUAUGAUUCCUUUGGCUUUGCUACUGCCGUUGGCCUGGAACUACAUCCUCAUCGCAUCGGGGAAGGAUACCAGGCAAGAUGUGGAGGCAGUGGAGGACCUGCUGGAGGACGAGGAUGAGGAUUAUGACAAAGAUGACAAGGACUCAGAGAGAAAGGGCUUCAUGAACAAGCUUUAUGCCAUUCAGGACGUGUGCAUCAGUGUGCAGAAUGCACUGGAUGAAGUGGCCUCCUAUGGCGAGAGGAUAAAGAACACAUUUAACUGGACUGUGCCUUUCUUAAGCUGGCUGGCCAUUGUGGCUUUCGGAGUGGCCACCGUCAUCAUCUACUUUAUCCCUCUAAGAUACAUUGUGCUAGCCUGGGGUGUGAAUAAAUUCACCAAGAAGCUUCGAGACCCUUACACCAUCGAUAACAACGAGUUGCUAGACUUUCUGUCCAGAGUGCCCUCAGAUGUACAAGUGGUGCAGUACCGAGAGCUGAAACUGGAUCCCAAUCCCAGUCCAAAUAAAAGGAAGAAAAACAACCCCGGGUAGAUGACUGAGUCCGCCCACCAACUCUUCUCUUCUCCACUUUUCUUCUUGUGCUCUAUAACUGGACACUGAGGAGCAGAGGAAGACGGUUCUGGACCAGCUUGGCUCAGCUAUACUUCCUUUUUCUUUUCUUUUCUUUCCUAUUUUCUUCUCUAAAACCUUUUUUUCUGUCCUUAAUUGCCCAUGACGUACAGUACAGUUUCCUGAAGUGUAAUUUUUGUAUAAAAAAGAUGAGAAAUAUUCUCAUCACCAUUAUGCUUUUGAUUGAUUUUAAAGGCGAGUGGGAAGGAUGGAUGCAAUGACCUUUGUCUCAGCUGUGUGAGCCGCUCUCCUCCUUUCUUCUCUCCAUCACUCUGACAGCUCAGAGGACUCUGUCCAUCUGCUUGCCACAAGUGUCACACAAUGAGUAAAACAAGUUUUAACAUUUAUACUUACUGUCCCAAAACGACCUUUUCAGUGCGUCCGUGUUUAUCAAAAUACUAGCCUUAUACUAACAUUCUGCAUCA